AUGUCUCCUCCUCUUGAAUCUGAACCCACACGAACGUAUGGUGUGCUCCAACCCAAUACAUACAUAAAUAUAGAAAUGCAGAGUUAUGUGGGUGCAUCCGUCAGCCGCAUCAAGAGCAACGUGGAUGGGAGGUACCUGGUGGACGGUGUCCCCUUUAGCUGCUGCAACCCCAACUCGCCACGGCCCUGCAUCCAGUACCAGCUCACCAACAACUCGGCGCACUACAGCUAUGACCACCAGACGGAGGAGCUCAACCUGUGGGUGCGAGGCUGCAGGGCCGCCCUGCUGAGCUACUACAGCAGCCUCAUGAACUCCAUGGGCGCCAUCACGCUCCUCGUCUGGCUCUUUGACGUGACCACCACGACUGGGCUGCGCUACCUGCACACGGCACUGGAAAGUGUGUCCAAUCCCGAAGACCCCGAGUGCGAGAGCGAGGGCUGGCUGCUGGAAAAGAGUGUGCCGGAGACCUGGAAGGCCUUUCUGGAGAGCUUGAAAAAGCUGGGCAAGAGCAACCAGGUGGAAGCCGAGGGCGCAGACGCAGGCCAGGCCCCCGAGGCUGGCUGAUGGCCCCGGGUCCCCUCCCUCCAGAACGCUGAGAAGUAAUGGACUCCAAGAAAUGCGGACACACACCCUUGUUCAAUCUGAAGCUCCCAAGGAGGAUGGCCACCUCACAGACUCUCCCUGAUGGUGGGAUGGAAAGUUUAGGGUCCCUAAAAGCAUUAUCAAACAUUUGUUGAAUGAAUGACUCAAAAUGUGAGUGAAUGAGCCCCUUCAGGCCCACUGCUCUAGCACAUGGUCUCACGGUGGCCUCAGGGGUCUCUGGGGAUGACCAGCCCACAAUCUCUCUCUCUCACGGCACCCAUCUCAGUUCCACCCUAAGAGUACUGGCUACACCCGAGGGCUGCUCCCUUUGCUGUGUUUGCCAUUAUAAGCUCCAAGAGGCUUCAUUCUACAUCCAAAUGUCACCAGGUGCAUAAGCACAGGAGUCUGAACAAAAGUACUGGCCAUGUUAUCCUUUUAAAAAAUGCCAAGAUUGAUAGGUCAGCCAUUGUAUUUGCUUAAUGGCAGAAAUUGGGGGACAAUUAUACUCUUCUAAGGGUACCGGACUCUCCAAAGCAGGGAGGGCUCAAAAGAAGAAUUCUCCAAUGACGGGGCAAGAGCAUUUAGACAGAGGAUUGUUUCUCCCCACCAAGAACACAGUUAAAGGCCUGCUCCGUCUCAAUCACGUGCCCUCACUUGGCCAGGAGUGAGCUACGGGUGGAGGAAGUCAAGCUGUUGUCAUGUCCCAGCAGCAUCCCACCCCGAAAGGUCUGGGUGGGCUCCUCUGGCUCUGGGGGGACGCCUGCCCUUCCGUGGAAGAGGAGCAACCAUCAGACGGGAGUCUACCCUUCGGAGACCAG